AUGCGUGACACGUUAGAUUCCCAAGUCAAUGAUAGGGCUACAGUCGGCCUCAUUUUUGCCCUGUUUUACAUCGCGGCUGCUAUUUCACCAGCUGUUUUUCAGUACAAUGUUUCCGAAUACGUCGCCAAUCUUGACAACGAUCUCCAGGCGAGGGCUGUGGCGGCGCUGGAAGCUGAAAAACAGGCCUACCAAUCCCGUACUUGGCUGGAGGACAGAAUCGGACCCGAUGGAUCGCCGUGUCGAGUUCGACCGGAAAGGCCUUGCCCACCAAGCAUGUAUCGGGCGCCAUCCGGAGCUUGCAAUAACGUUCGACAUCCGGCUUGGGGUGCGAGAGGAUCGCCUAUGCUCAGGCUAAUCGGACCUGCCUAUGCCGAUGGAAUCAGCAAGCCGAGACAGUCGGUAGGAACUCACGCAUUGCCGAUGCCGUUCGAGGUUGUAUCUUCCCUUCGGCGCGACUCUGCACACCAUGAGGGACUGGCCAGCUUGACCGGUGUGUGGGCGGAAUUAUUGAUGCGAGACAUAGCCGAGACGAUUAAUCGAGGCGGGAUUGAUUGUUGCGGUGUAAACGGCGCAAAGCACGCCGAGUGCUACUCGACCUGGAGCGAAACCGGGACGAAUGAAGUGUGCAGAAACUACACCCGUUCGCUGCCGACCCUUACCGCGACCAGCUGCAAAUUCGAGACCAGGGAGCAGAUGAACGCCGUGUCCGGGUACCUUGACGGUUCCGAUCUCUAUGGGAACACCGACCAGGACCUUCACGCCAUCAGGACCUACUCCCAAGGAAGGGUCAGCCUGGCCGCCUGCAAAAAAUGCGGAGACGGCACGGCGCUCGGUGCCCUUUACCGCGCCCUCUUCCUCGAGCACAAUCGCCUGGCCGACGGCCUCGCCGAGGUUAACGAUCACUGGGAGGACGCGAAGAUCUUCCUGGAGGCACGGCGCAUAGUCGUUUCCGAACUUCAACACGUCACGAUCAACGAAUUCGUACCAAGCAUUCUCGGUGAGGCUGCGUUCGUCAACGCCGAUUUGAAGCCGGUGAGGAAUGGGUUUUACUCCGGGUACUCGUCGACCAAUCGCGGUGGCGUCUUUGACUCCGUCGCGUUUGGCGCUCUGCGCGCGCUUCUCUCGCUCAACAACGGAUCCGUCAGUAUCGAAGAGCUUCUUGCCAAGCCCGCUCGGCAGGUGAGCCUUAGGAUUCCCGGCGGAGAUAACGCAGGUUGGGACGAGGCCGAGAGGGCCAUCCAUGUGGCCAGAGAUCACGGGGUGCCUGGUUACGUGCAUUUUGUUUCUUACUGUUCGGGCAAUGAUCGCAUGAUCAAUUUCACCGACUUCGAGAAUACGAUGAGCGAGGGCGACGUCGAUGCGCUUCGUCGCCUCUAUGCGACCGCUGAAGAUGUCGAUCUGCUCGUCGGUGGGACCUUCGAGAAACCUACCGAAGCCGCCGCCGUUGGACCGACCUUCGGAUGUUUGCUCAGAGAGCAAUUUAUCAAGCUUAGAAACUCGGACAGGUUUUGGUACGAGAAUGAUCUACCGCCGUCCAGUCUUACCGCCGAACAGCUGGCCGAGGUCAGACGAGUAUCGCUGGCUGGUAUCAUCUGCAAGAACACCGGAAUAGCAAAAAUCCAACCAAUGGCUUUUAUUCAGCAGGAUCCGUACCUGAAUGUCAAGAUAAACUGCGACCAACACGGUAUAGUCGACCUCGCCGCGUGGCGGGAACAUCCCGCCCCGGAUACGAUAUCCGAUAAUUCAAUGGCCUCCGUUGUCGCCAAGGAGGUAUCCUCCGAGUUGACCCCCGAGGUGAUAGCCAACGCGGUGAGGAAGGCUGAGCAGGACCUCGUGGUGCGAAAACAGCUUGAGUACAACGCGUGGCUCGAGCAGAAGACGGCUGAUCCGAAAUCACCGAUCGGUACCGCGGCCAGUUUUUCGAAAGCCAGUAGAGACGCCCUCCUUCUAGCAAAUUCCUCUAUACUCUUCGAGCUCGCGACAAACGAGAUUAUAAACGGGGCACAUGGACUGCGUCGAAGAAAACGACAAAUUUUCGACUCAUCAGACAACGUUCUCGGCUUUCCCAACAACGAGUUCAGCGACAUAUUGCAGACCGUCGACAUCUCCAGCUUCCUUCAAGGCCAGACUUCCAUUGACGAACUCGAGUGUCCGCCCGACACCUCGCCCUGCGAUCCGACCUCCCCGUUCAGAACCCUUAGCGGGCACUGCAACAAUCUUCGCAAUCCAAAAUUGGGAGUUGCCCUCACCACCUUCGCGAGACUUCUGCCUCCCGUUUACGAAGACGGCGUAUCGAAGCCGCGGAUGAACUCCAUAACUGGUAUACCUCUGCCCAACCCCAGGGUCAUCUCGACCGUUAUUCACCCCGAUAUAUCCAAUCUUCACAACCGAUACACUCUGAUGGUAAUGCAGUUUGCACAGUUCGUUGAUCACGAUAUGACCAUGACUCCGAUCCACAAGGGCUUCCACGAGUCCAUACCGAGCUGCAGAUCUUGCGACUCGGCCCGCACCGUGCAUCCGGAGUGUAAUCCGUUCCCCAUACCACCCGGCGAUCAUUUCUAUCCAACCGUGAACGUCUCCUCUGGGGCGAGACUCUGCAUACCCUCGAUGAGGUCGCUACCCGGUCAGCAACAGCUUGGACCCCGUGAACAGAUCAACCAGAACACAGCCUUCCUCGACGGCUCGGUUAUAUACGGUGAAAACGAUUGCGUCUGCCAGAUUCUUCGCACGUUCAACGGCCGAAUGAACAUCACACGUCAUCCUAACCGCGGCAAGGAUCUUUUGCCGCAAACGCCGACUCAUCCGGAAUGCAAAACGAGAUCUGGCUACUGUUUCAUCGGCGGUGAUGGCCGCGUUUCCGAGCAGCCCGCACUCGCCGUUAUGCACACUCUCUGGGUACGCGAGCACAACCGAAUCAUGGAGGGUCUCAGACAGGUGAACCCCCAUUGGGACGGUGAAAAGCUCUUCCAGCACUCGCGAAGGAUCAUUGCCGCCAUGCUCCAGCACUUGGUUUACAACGAGUUUCUGCCGAGGAUACUUGGCUGGAACGCGGUUAGUCUCUAUGGUCUGAAACUAUUGCCACAAGGAUACUACAAGGAUUACUCGCCCACGUGCAAUCCGAGUGUACUGAACGAAUUCGCAGCCGCGGCUUUCAGGAUCGGACACUCACUCCUCAGGCCUCACUUGCCCAGGAUGGAUUCCAACUUCCAGAAUAUCGAUCCGCCCAUUUUGCUUCGCGACGGUUUCUUCAAUCCGGACAUGCUCUACGACCAGGGAAUGAUUGACGAGAUGAUAAGAGGCCUUGUUUCCACGCCUAUGGAGACUCUGGAUCAAUUUAUAACCGGCGAGGUGACCAAUCAUCUUUUCGAAAACAGGAGGAUCCCUCACUCGGGUGUUGAUUUGAUCGCUCUCAACAUACAGAGAGCUAGAGACCACGGAAUUCCGUCGUACAACAACUACAGAGCACUUUGCAAUCUGAAACGUGCGACGACCUUUGACGACCUUUCCAGAGAAAUGGCACCGGAAGUUAUCGCUCGGCUUAAACGGAUCUACGCGUCGGUCGAUGACAUCGAUCUAUUCCCCGGCGGUAUGAGCGAGCGACCGCUUCAGGGUGGUUUAGUCGGGCCCACCUUCGCCUGCAUCAUAGCCAUACAGUUCAGACAGUCCCGUAAGUGCGACAGGUUCUGGUACGAGACCGACGACCCCAACAUUCGGUUCACGGAGCACCAAUUGGCCGAGAUAAGAAAGACGACGCUGUCCAAGGUGAUAUGCGAGAACAUGGAUCAACACCAGGACAUGCAACGCGCCGCGUUCGAUCUUCCGAGCAACUUCCUUAACCCCAGAGUACCCUGCUCGUCUAUGCCUCACAUGGACUUUUCCGCGUGGCGAGAAACCAGCCACGGAUGCCAAAUCGGCAGUCGUAAUGUCGCCGUUGGCGAAUCUGGAUUCCCAACGCCUUGCACCAGCUGCGUAUGCACUGCCGAAGGAACCCAGUGUGCAUCGCUGCGUGUUACGGACUGCAAUCAGCUCCUCAGAGAAGCCUCUCGCGAAGCUAUUCUUCGAGACGAUGUCUGCACGGCUCAAUGCGGUUUCGUUUUGGCUGCAUCGGAAGCAUCGGCGAGGUUGCAAUUCUCGGCGUCAAACGCGUUCCGGGGUUUCCCCUCGCCGGGGAACAACUUGAGGAACGCUCCAACACCGGCAACGUUCAACGGUUUCAAACUGCCGGAUCUCUCGCAGUUCAUUGGCUAAAUCUAGGCCGCGACCAAAUCGCGCAAUUGUUCAAUUAAUUUUUAAUAUCAAGCAUGGUGAAGGUGAGGAGCGAAGCUCGC